UUAUUAUUGAUAUUAUGGACAAGAUAACGAGUUUUAUGGCAUCAGCUGUUAAUGGGGACAGGAGAUACGUCAAAAAUUGAGUGGCAGAUGGCCAGCGAGAGAGUACUACACCAGAAUCACUCCGAAAGUCAUAAAAAAAGUGAGAUUGAUGAUCCCAUGGGUGCGAGAACAGAUAGCGGAGGCUUGGCAUAGCAGAAAGAGCUCAAGGACAACCGAAAGGGGGUCCUCGGCUCUUUCUCCGCCUGGGAGUGAGAGAAAGAGUGAUACAAGUGCGUUUAUGGGCCCUUCCACUUCAGCGGAUACAUUCAGCGUCAACGUGAUAAGCCUAGAAGGUGAGAUCCUCCAAAUACCAUCAAAGCCGGACUAUACAAUCGAGAAGCUGAAGUCGAUCGCCGCAAGGCAUUUCUACGGGUCCGAUGGCUCCCGCCCACCCUCCACCCUCCGUCUGAUCCACCCACAUAAUCUAAAGCCCCUCGUCGACACGAAACAACUCUCCGAAGAGGAAAUAAAACCCUCCGACAGCCUCCUCCUGACUGAAAUCCGUCCCCCGCCCCCAAAAGACCCUCCAGAGGACCUCCUCAGGGGGCCCACCCUCGAGGCGAUAUCCAAAGCAACAGCCCACCUACCUCCACCUGCCCCUCCGAGGUCCUCCCCCUCCACCGACUGUCCCGUCGAUUUCCAGACGGAAAUUCGGAAAAUCCUGAUAAGCCUCGUUCAGGCCUCAGCGAGAAUUCUCAGUCAUUCUCCAGAAGCUCCAAAGCUCUCCGAAAUCAUUCGUGAGAAAUUGGAGGUCAGGUCCCAGCCCCCCAACGAUCCAAAAACUGUUAAAUACCUCAUGGACAUUGGGUUUCCGGAGAAGCAGGUGCUGAAGGCCCUGAAACUCAAGAAGAUGAAUACCUCCGAGGCUCUGGAUUGGUUGAUAGACCACCAGGAGGAGGAGGGGGAGGAGGAGGAGCUCGGCUUUCCCUCACUCCUGGAGGACCCACUGGAAACACCGGUUCCGGGCCCCGGUGGAUCAGGCCCAUCAUCGGAUCGCCGGAAAUCUUUCAAAUCCGGUUUCUCUGACCUCUUCAAAGUCAAAGCACAGGAGGGCCGGAGGGAUAACCUCGUGACCCUAGUCGGAAUUCUACUCCAGAGUUUCAGUCAGUACAAACGACUAGAGUUCAGGCCCAGCUCGCGUAUCAAGGAGAGCCUGGUGGAGAUGGGAUUCGAGGAAAAGAAGGUUGUGGAGACCCUCAAGAUUACGGGCAAUAAUCAAAACAAUGCCUGUGAAUGGCUACUGGGGGCAAGGAGGCGGAGCUUGCAGGAUCUCGAUGAGGGCCUUGAGGAGGGGGGGCCCAUUUAUGAGGCUAUUAUGAGGAAUCCACACAUACAGCUGAGCUUGACAAAUCCAAAGAUGAUGAUGGCGUAUUUAUCGAUAUUGGAGACACCAUCGUCUACUAGUAUUUGGAUCAAUGAUCCAGAGGUAUCACCGGUGUUGAGUCAGAUAUUUAAAACUUAUCACUCGGAGAAACAUGCCAUUCAUAUGAAUCGGUAUGAGAAUAGCUAGCAAAUAGGGGGUGGUAGGGGCGGGGGGAUAGGUGGUAGCAAUUCGCGAUUAGGGGUAAGGGGAUGGGGCAUUGAGGAUAUUGGAAGGGAGGUGGGGGGUUUAGGGGUUGGUGUGUGGGCCCCAGAGGGUCUUGGACGAGGUGGGUGGAGCAUUGGGGGUCUAGGGGGUGCAGACUGGGGAUUGUCGGCAAUCGGGAACUCAAGGGGGAGCUUAAGGGGGAUUGGAGACUCUGAAAGCGAAGUUAGGAGGGGAGAGACUGACAUGAUGGAGGGGAAUGGCGGGGAGGGGUGGAAUGCCCAGAGGGGAAGUGAUGGGAGAGGCUUUGGAAUUGAGGGGAGCGGGUGGAGAUUUGGUGGCAGGGGAGGGUGUAGUAGGCCGAGAUUUUGUGGAAGGGGGGUCGGGUGGAUUGGAAGGGCGUGGAGAAUAGGGGGCAGGGGCGGCCAGUGAGAUAUUUUCGUACGAUUUCUGGAACGAGGGUAGAGGUAUGGAAGUGUAUGAUAAUUCAUGAUAGAAAGAAAAAAAUUAAAAAUUUAUUGCUUAUCGCAAUGUUGAAAGUUGACGCUAUUAAAUGAAAAAUUAGAGAUCAUUGAUUGCUUGUUAAAUGUCGUUCUGAAGGGGUAAAUCAUCAUACUUAUGAUUUGUUGAUCGUUGAAGUGAUUUUUUAAUAUCGAGGGGAGUGAAUUUUUUGUUUCUCUUGACAACACUUUUUUUGGUCGCAUUAUUUUGAUAACAGGGGUGGAUAAAUUCAAAGCUUAUUUUAUUUAUUUAUUUUAUUUAUUGUAUCCUCACUUUGUGUAAUUACAAGUGUGCUUGUUAUUGAAACAAUAACGAUGACGCGGAAGUCUCCGAUGAAACUUUGCGGUUGUGCUUGGAGGCUCCGGAUAUAUUCGAUAUUUUGACUGCGAGAUGAAAAAUAAUUACGAAAAACGGGGAUUUUCCGGCGAAAACCGUCGGAUUGAUCGGGAAUUCUGCUCGAUCAUCUCUUCGCAAGUAAUUCUGAUAAUGAAGAUCUCAAAUGAAAGUAGAAACAUUGUUUAAGGAUAAAAAAUAUCUUUUGUGUUCAAGACAAAUUUUAUGAAAUUCAUCUUUUUCGUUUAAACACUAAUUUUUCUGAAGGAUAACAUUGUCACAGACUUGAGUUAAAAAUUAAUUUACACGGAUAUAAUUUUUUUUUCUCUUCAGCAAUUAGUGGAUAGAAUUUUGUUAAUCGUGAUAAUUAACAUUUUCUAAUACUAAUUGUAAUUUUGUAACUUUUUCUUUUUAUUUGUGAAAAAAUUUCCGUGCAAUGACGCACAUUAAAAAAUGUUACACACAUGUAAUUAAAUUGUAGAAAUGAAUUUAGAAAAUUAAAAAAAUAAAAAAAAUAUUUUUCCCAUGAAA